AAAGGAGAUGAAGACGGAGAAGAAGAAACUGCAAAACGCGGAAAAGCUCGAGCUGGACAAUUCGAACCCGGAUGCGACGGUGGUGGUGUAUGUUGGAUCUAUGGCGGAUUUAAGAAAAACGAGUCGAGUCGAUUUGAUUCCUUCGUAAAGUGGGUUUUCUAAAAGAAAGAAAAAAAUGGAAAAGUGGAUUUGGAAAAAUGCAAAAUAAGAAAAAGUGGUGCGAAAAUUACAAAAUUGACCCUCCCCUUUCGAGCCUUUCCAACUACGAAAAAAAACCGUCGAGUCAAAAACACGGAUUCACCAGUAUAA